GCCCCCAAACUCGCGCGCGCCUCCCCAGCUCCGCACGCGCCCCGCGCCGCCGUCCCGCGGGGGCCGUUCUAUGAGCGCAAAGAUGGAAACGACCUUCUACGACGACGCCCUCAGCGCCUCGUUCCUGCCGUCCGACAGCGGCGCCUACGGCUACAGCAACCCCAAGAUCCUGAAGCAGAGCAUGACCCUGAACCUGGCCGACCCGGCGGGCAGCCUGAAGCCGCACCUGCGCGCCAAGAACUCCUCGGACCUGCUCACCUCGCCCGACGUGGGCUUGCUCAAGCUGGCGUCGCCCGAGCUCGAGCGCCUCAUCAUCCAGUCGAGCAACGGCCACAUCACCACCACGCCGACCCCGACGCAGUUCCUGUGCCCCAAGAACGUGACGGACGAGCAGGAGGGCUUCGCCGAGGGCUUCGUGCGCGCGCUGGCCGAGCUGCACAGCCAGAACACGCUGCCCAGCGUCACGUCGGCGGCGCAGCCCGUCAACGGCGCGGGCAUGGUGGCGUCGGUGGCGGGCGCGGGCGGCGGCGCGGGCGGCUUCGGCGCGGGCCUGCACAGCGAGCCGCCCGUCUACGCCAACCUCAGCAACUUCAACCCGGGCGCGCUGGGCGGCGGCGGCGGCGGCGGCGCCGGGGCGCCCUCCUACGGCGCGCCCGGGCUGGCCUUUCCCGCGCAAGCCCCGCCGCCGCCGCAGCAGCAGCCGCAGCCGCCGCAGCCGCCGCACCACCUGUCCCAGCCGCUCCCCGUGCCGCACCCGCGGCUGCAGGCGCUCAAGGAGGAGCCGCAGACGGUGCCCGAGAUGCCCGGCGAGACGCCGCCCCUGUCGCCCAUCGACAUGGAGUCCCAGGAGCGCAUCAAGGCGGAGAGGAAGCGCAUGAGGAACCGCAUCGCCGCCUCCAAGUGCCGCAAACGGAAACUGGAGCGCAUCGCGCGGCUGGAGGAAAAAGUGAAAACCUUGAAAGCGCAGAACUCGGAGCUGGCGUCCACCGCCAACAUGCUCAGGGAGCAGGUGGCCCAGCUCAAGCAGAAAGUCAUGAACCACGUCAACAGCGGCUGCCAGCUCAUGCUCACGCAGCAGUUGCAGACGUUCUGAA